AUGUGCCCGGGCCCGGAGUGCCAGGGGCAAGAGGUCAGGGGGAAAGGGGCCUGGCAAGGGGCCGGGUCAAGUGUGCCCCGGGCAGGGGUGUCAGGGUCAAGUGGCCCGGGGGCCCGGAGUGUCAGGGCCAGGAGUGCCAGGGGCAAGUUGCCCCGGGCCCCGGAGUGCCCCGGGCCAGGUGUUCAGGGCAAGGGUGCCGGGUCAGUGUGCCCGGGCCAGGAGUGCCAUGGCAAGGACGUCGGGGCCCGGAGUGCCAUGGCAAGGGCGUCAGGGCCAGGAGUGCAAGGGCAAGUGUUCGGGGAAGGGUGCCAGGGCCAGGGGUGUCAGGGCAAGGAUGCCAGGGUCAAGUGUGCCAGGGGCCCCGGGGGCCAUGGCAAGGCUGUCAGGGCCCCGGAUGCCCAAAGGGUCCAGGGGGGGUCCAGGGAGGGCCAGGAUGCCAGGGCAAUUUACGGGGCCCGGGGCCAGGAGUAUCAGGGGGCCCGAGCUCCACGUCGGUGCCAGAACCCAGCGCCCGGCGAGAGCCAAGUUGACAAGUAUGCUGACCUGGGAUCGACCGUCAGAACGUCAGCCCCACAGUCUUAA